ACUCAUACUUCAGAAGCACUUAUUGUACUACAUUUGUUGGAGCUUAGGUUCUAAUCUCAAGGAGAAUAUUCAGUAAUGUUACACAAGAACAGCUGAAUUAAAUUUUAGUGCAUGUAUUUCGGAUAAAACGGUAUAAGCAGUGUACGAGAUGCACAAAAUAUCUCACUUAAUAGCUGUUUACUUCAGUUUCAGGCUUGCCUCUAUCGCUACAUUUGCACAAGAUGCCCCGAAAAUCCAGAAGUUUCAGUUCCCAACGAAGUUAGAGGUUAAUGAGAAAACAAGUGUUACUUGCAUGUUAAGACGCGGUCAACCUCCUUACGUCUUUAGAUGGUUUAAAGAUGGUAAAGAAAUCGAGAAUGGUGGAGAAAUAACAAUUCAAACUAGUAAAUUUUUAUCGACUUUAUUAGUAAACCCUGUUACUCAUGCUGCUGCUGGUAAUUACACAUGUGUUGUAUCUAACUCAGAAGGAAAGGAUUCCUAUUCUUCUUCACUUACUGUAACAGCUGCACCAUCAUGGGUUAUUGAACCAACUGACGCAGAAGCAGUAGUGGGUCAAGUAUUAAGAGCCAUUUGCUUUGCGGAUGGAUCCCCGAAACCAGAUAUUCGGUGGACUAAAGCGGGAACUUCUUUUCUCGAGUGGUCUGCUCGAGGGCACCUUGAAAACGGAUCACUCAUUUUCAGCCCUCUCAAAGAAGAUGAUGAUGGAGAAUAUUCGUGUAUUGCUGAUAAUGGUGUUGGAGAGAGUUUGCUUAAGAAAAUCAAGAUUAUAGUACACGGUAAUUAGAGUAAGAUCGCUUUAUAGAAUCUGCAUUUUUAUAUAUGGCAUUACCGAAUACUGAAAUAACAUUUAUUGCAAAAUAAAUUGUUACUUAU